AUGUCCGGAGAGAAGAACAGAACAGCAAGCAAAAGGAAAAUAGAAGCAAUUGUUCACAUUGUUCUUAUAGGACUGGCCUUGUUUGGAUCAAUUCUGAAUAUUAAAAGAAUUUUGGUAAGAAAGGAGGAGGCAAUUGAAGAAAAUAUAAAUGUAUUUAAGAAGGGCUAUGUGCACAUGCUGACUCUUGUCAAGAAUGAAAUGAGUGCAAAGAAAAAGUUAAACAUUUUAGAUGAAAAAGCCCAGAAAGAGGUGGUUGAAAAAGGCGCAGUGUACUUUAUGGGCUACCCAGACAGGAUUAUCCCGCAGGAUAUGAUCGAUGAUGGCGAAGUUGCAAUGGAUCUGCCAGAGCUGGUAAGUUACUUUUUGAAGGAGAAGAAGGCAAACCCCUUCCUCUUUGGGUUCAAGGACAUAGGGGCAGAAAUAUGCAGCAUGCUCAACCAUACGUACAGGAAGGCAGGGCUCUCGGAUGGGUUUAAGAACAGCACAGAUGUGAACCAAGGAAUUGAGGGCUUCUUUAAGGGACGGCUGUCUGCCAUGGAGUGCGAGCUUGUCUUUGACAUGUUCUAUUUCCUUGUCAUGGACAUGUAUGUGAAUCGUAUAAUUGACGAGGGUAAGAGAAACAUGGAUAUUUAUAACUCAAUAAUUAGAAUGGACAAAGACAGUAAAAAGAAGGAGUACAUGAUUUCAGCGUGCUAUCUUGGGCAGAUUGCAACCGCCGUACUUGGAAAGCAGGUGCCUGCUUGGGAGUUUGUUCCAGAUGGAUAUUCUUUAUCAAAGGAAGAUUUUUCCAGAUCCGUAACAAAAGAGAUUCUGAAUUUAUAA